GAGUAGCUAUUCAUCCCUGGCUGAGUAGCUGGAUUGCUUAUCAAUAGCCCAGCCCAAACCAAACCGUACCAAUCUUACCAUCAACUGAUCGAUUCCCGAAGUUGCACCUGGCCGGCGACAGUUCCAUCACCACCCCGAGGUCCUUUGUACUUAUUCACUUUACCAAUACCCUGAAACGUACAAACAUAUUGAAGAAUUUGCCUUCCGGAGAUUCGACUUCCGAUAAUCCUGCCAAUUCCCGACUGUUUACACCGAUAUUCUCCCCCAAUAGAGGUUUACAAAUAACUGCUGCAUAAAAUGGCAGCCAUCUCUGGGUUAAUUAUAAAUUCUUCAGGUGUCAACAAUCCAACUGUAUGCAUAAGUCAUCCUAAGCUGCUAUAUCGGAAUCAUAAUCCUAGCAAGCGUGGAUUUAAUAAAUGUCGAGAUGGUUUCGGUCUGUUAACUACAAGGAUUCGUGGUGUUAGGAACCAAUAUCAUCUUCAACAGCAUUCUGGCAUGCAAUGUUUUGUAUCUGCAAGAGGAAAUUAUCAAAGCUCAAGCUUCAAUCGUGACUCUGAUAUAGGGCCUUUUUGGUUAAAUAUGAUGAAAGAAGCUAUUUGGACCAUUAGAAAUUUACUUGUAUUUCUCGUUGAACAGCCAAGCCAGCUGCAGUACAUAGAAUGGCCAAACUUUCAAAGCACGCUGAAGACUGCCACUCUAACUCUUGUUCUGGUCGCUCUGCUUAUCGUUGCACUUUCCUCAGUCGAUUCUGCGCUGUCUUAUUUGCUUGCCCUUCUUUUGCGGAGAAAGGCAUGAUCCACCACGAGUUAUGGUUCCUUUUAUGAAUUGACAUGCAUCUUGUGUAGAAGCUCGGACCCUUGCUUUCCAAGCAUGGAGAAUCCAAAGCCAUACUUAUGGCACAACUCUUCUUGCCCAGUAAUUAUAAGCUAAGUGAAAAGAAAUUGCUGGUCAAACAUAUCGACACAAGUUGUUGGACUCAUAACAUUUAUUCACUUUUUAUCUACACAUUAGGUAAGAUCUGUAGUUUACAAUAUGCAACAAAAGCUUUACCAAACAUGCACUAUGUAUGGAGUAUGGUCCAAUGCGACUUAUGGCAGGAGCUAUGGUUGGAAAUUAUGUACUUGGUUCAACC